GGAAAUAGUUCACUUUUUUUUUUGUGCUCGUCGUGACUGAGUGAAUUAUACAAAAGUAACACGACAAUGUGGACAAAUGUGUGUCUUUCCUUUUCGUCACAUAACCAUGCCCAUUUGGAGCGGCCGUGGUAAAAGUAUGCAACGACAUCAUUGCUUGUUGUAAAAAGACGAGGUGGAGAGAAUGCCAUUUUUUGCAUCAGGUAUUUCGAUCACCGCUGAUGCAGUGCCACUUUUUGCAUCUGGUAUUUAGAUCACCGCUGAUGCAGUAGUUGGGUUAGGCUAGGCGUGUGCGUUUUACUUGUUAGGUACAUGAUUCUACAAGAUCUGAAAGUCUUCCCACUUGUCCUCAUCGUGACGUCCCGUCUCUUUUUUUAAUUCUUCUAAGUGUACUAAGUAGGUACAACUGUGCUACUGAAAAUUAUACAUCAUCAAAUAACUCAAGAAACAUUCAUACAACGAAAACAGCCAACCGUGAGAUUUUUUUAUUCGCCUAUUGUUUUUGGUGUGCAGUAUGCGGAGGCAGUAUCUACGCGUUCGCGGGCCUAAGCGAGGCGCUAAAGGCAAGAUGCGAGAACUGGAGUCCUGCGCAGACGAAUCUGCUGUACACCUUUGGACAACUAGGGAACAGCGGACUGGGACUCCUCGUUGCGCUCAUAUUCAAAUACAGCGGUCGCGGACCACGGAAUUUUAAGGUCGUAUUGAAGUCGUGUUUCGUUGAAUCGGUUUGCUUACAGUAAGCAUAGAUGAAGAUCCAUUCUAAUCAUGAUAACCGAGUUACUGACUGAAAUGAAGAUCAUGAAGUCCCAAUCUAUAUUAAAAGGGAAGUUUCCCAGGGAUUAAUUAUACAUAGGACGGGCACCACUAGGAAGGCUGCCACCUCCAGGGAUUAAUUUUUAUACAUACAAUUGAUUUUCUUUCUUUUCGUGUUAGUUCCUAGUUAACAAGGCUCCACUGGUUAGAGGCUCCAUUGGAACUAAUGGCUUCGUAUCUCGUCGAGUACUUCCGCUAAGGUUCGCAUGCUCUACGCUGUGGCUAUGGUGCUCACUGGGACGUGCCUGCUGCUAACGGGAAUAAGGUGCGUCGGGCCAGGAGUCGUGGCAAUAAAUCUGAGCCAUCGAGGACGAGCAGGCCACUAUGUUGACAGUAGUCAAUAUGACAGGACUGGAGCAUUAGCUGCUGAACUAGCAAGUGGUGCAAGAAGCGGUGGAGACGGAGAUGAGGAGGAUCUGGGAGGUGUAGAAGAUGGAGGUCGUGCAUCAAGUUCAAGGGGUAAGGGAGGUACAGGUAAAAAGGAUACAGACAGAAGUAAAACUAACACAGGAGCUUCCUCAACAUGGCUAUGGACGUCAAGCGAAGAGACACAGGGUCGUGACGAAGGGAUAUCUCAAGAUAGCAAACAAGAUACCAAGACGACUUCAAGGAAACAGAUAGCUUCCUACCCAACACUCCUUGGAGACCUUGCGCAGGAAACAAAACUCAUUUUUGCGGCAGAAAAUAGCGAUGGAAAUAUAGCAUCAUCUUCGUCAGAGGAAGGAGAAGGAGAUGAAGAGGCCGUGUCUGUAGAUGAUAGCGUGUCAUUGGAUUUACGAUCUUUGGUGGAAACCAGUCAGUUUUUUGUGAUCUGCAGGAAAUAAAAGCGUAAUAUUUGGUCGUUCAUGUCUUUAAGCACAGCCUUCAUAUGACUUAUGCUUUAAUAUUCUUCAUUCACUCACAUCGUGAAGUCUACCUCUAACAUUCGAGCAUGAUUGAGAUUGAGUCAACAUGCCAGGCGUAUCCCAUCAUUUAGAUUUUUCUAAUUCCCGAGCACGAGUCUUGUCAGUGUCCGGAGACUUCUAUCCUUGCAGCAAUUGGUUACUUCAUGAUCCAGCAAGGUGGCUGCGCGAUCUAUCAGAGUGGGCUAUUUUACCUCCUGGGUCGCGCAAGCCCUAGCAGAGCGGCCAUUCUGUCAGGAUUGAUAACGAGUGGUAUUGUGAUUUAAGUCUCAGAGGCUGAUAGUAGUAGUAUCUCUUCUAUCUCUUUAAGUCUCAGAGACUGAUAGGAUUGAUAACGAGUGAUAUCGGAACUGGUUGUGAUUUAUGUAUUUAAGAAAGUCUCAGAGAUUGUGGUUUUGUUUGAUCAUUUCUACCGAACAAAUAGGAAUACUUGUCUCUGUCUUCUCUCAUCCUAAACUUGAGAAUUAUAUCCUCCCAGAUUACCACUCAUUUAAGGACAUCUAUAAUCAUCAAUCAAUUUAUCAUAGGUAACGGUCUUUCCGCUUUUGUGUGGUCCUUGUAUUUCAAUAUCGUGUGCGCGAGGGGAGCUAUUAUUAAGGAUUUCCGAACAAUGGCAUCCCUCGCUACCAUCCCUAGCGCUUUUCCCAGUAGAAAAGAAGCCAGGAAUGUUCUGAGGAAAGUAAUUCCGUAACCUCUAAUAUUAUUUUUUUCACUAGUAGUGGUGUCCUAUGGACAGUGACGGCAUUGCUAGGGUUAAGGCUGGAGAUGAUUUGUCUUUGAGUGCAUCCCCGACGCGUAUGGUUGAGCGUCUUUCCCUUGGUACUGGUACGCGUCAAGGAUACAACAACUGAAUAAAGAUGAAUCAUGAAGAGGUCGUCUAAUAGGGGCCUUUUGUGUGCUGAGCGGUGACGUGGAGCCUGGUCGUCAUAGCAAUCAACAGUUAGAGGACGCAGACGAUUCCAUACGCUUAGACGAUGAGGAUGCGAGGAUAGAAAUAAUCGAUCGGUCCGAACUUACAACUGGUGGAUCGGAUUAAGGCUACAACACGUGAGCAUGACUGUAUCUACAACCCAGUAAGUUGUGUCAGGGACGAUACAACACCUCGCUGUAUCCACCUGUACUUAGUAAGUUGUGUCGGGGACGAUACUAAUGACUGCACAGAAAUCUUUGAGCAGUAGUUAACAGUGCUGGAUACGAGUGACUGUACUAAGCAAUAUGAUGAUUGAAUGAAGCUCGUAGCAGAAGAAGACUCUACUGCAGUUGACGCUUGUUGUGUCAGGGCUACAAAUGACUAUGUAUCACAUAUGUAGCUAGUUGACACGGGGGUCACACCCCCGUCUCUGAUUUACUGAUAGCUAAGAUGUUGAACAAGGAUGUGACACCAAAGAGCUCAACACAAUGGAUACCAUUAUACAACCAGUAAGAGUCUCUCUCUCUCUUAUCCUAUUGUCUAAUCGUACAUCUUCAAGGGGGACAACUUAUAACUAUUAUUGUCUUAUAACUAUUAUUUUUUCGGUUUUUGUUUUUUCUAGUUAGAUAUGCUCCACCAACAUUAUUGUCUAAUACCAAGCGGAAGACGAAGAUACUCUGGGACAAAUCAAUACUGACGGCGAGAGGAAAGCAUUUUCCAUAGCUGAGGAUAACAUCGAAGGUACGCAUCUGCCUACUAUCAACGGCAAAGACGGUAGUAGGUCGAGCUUCCCCUUGCGCGAUGACCGAACAGAGCUCUUGUUGCCACCUUCGGAGUUGUCGCCACAACUAGGCACGAGUACGCCACGACAGCUAGGCACGAGUACAGACGACGAACUAGGAAUAUGGUCAGGCUUUAUAAUCUAUCUGGAUCUUGGUCCUUCAUCGCAGCGUCUCGUCUUCGGUAUCCUUUUGUUCCUAUAGAUACUAGAAUCAGGCAGCGAGAGUUGUCACGUGAUUCGCAAAUGAAUGAAUGAAUGACUUAGAUCCAUGCGUAGAAAAGGAGCGUAGGCUCAAAAAAUACGGCAAAAAGGGCUUGGAUGAGGGGACUGAGGUGAGUCGAUCAAGACUGAAGAGUCUAAGACUAGGGAAAACGCAGCGCUCUAGACCAGACACGACGGACCAGGAAGGAAGUAGUCCGGAAAUGCUGGAGCUACCUAGAACUACAGGGAGCAAGAUGCUCCCUAUGUUACCUCGAUCGACGAACUGGCGCAAUCGGCAACGAACAGCGCCGCCAGCAUAUUUGCGUAUGAAUGGUAGCUUCAAUAUUGAUUGGUCGUGCAACAUUUGGGGAAGUCUUGGCUUUUCUUUGAUGCACAAAUCACAACGAUGAGUUGACAUUGACUUGUGGUCGAAUUAUCAUCUCUUGCUCGUACUAUCUACUCUUAUUUAUUCUUGUUGUUCGUACUAUGAUCUACUCUUAUAUCUUGUUCGUACUACUUCUUCAUGCAGCCUAAGGGGGGAAACGACCGAACGACGCCUUUACUCAUAACACCUGUGCCGCCAUUGCCUUUAUGCAAGAAGAAAUGAUCACUCUUAGUCCUAAUGUUCCAACAUUUGUAAUUUUUGAACCUUGAACCUCAAAAUGCGAAGAAGCUGCCCGGAGGACUUUGGAUCGUCGCCUUUUUCACAACGAAGAACUAAAACAGCUGACCUCAUCUAAUCUGAGAGAGCUUACCACGAUCUCUGAGCGAUCCAAGUUCUAGACACGAGCAUCGGAAUCACGUACGACGACGGGCCGCUUCGAUGGAGUAUUUAGAUACUCUUUCUACUUACUUUGUAGAAGAAGAGCUUGAUUGGGCGGCUUCGAUGGAGUCUAGAGAUUUAUACGAAUGACUUUUGUUAGAAAAUCUUGAUUAGGCUUUCGACCUUAAUCAGUUGACUGAUGUGAUUGUCUAGUCACAAGAAAGGGCUUCAAUUCCCGGGUACCGACCUGCAUACCCUACCCUCCCUUCCUACCUUCCUGCCCCCCUUCCUCCCUUCCUCCCUACCUACAUUCCUCCCUACCUACAUUCCUCCCUACCUACAUUCCUUUCUUUUUUACUCCCUUCCUUCCUACCUCCCUACAUUCCUCCCUACUUACAUUCCUUUCUUUUUUAUUCCCUCCUUCCUACCUCCCGACUUACGUUCCUUUCUUUUUUACUUCCUUCCUCCCUUCCAGUUCCUACAACCCCAACGCGAGUGCGUGGGCGCCGUCGUGGAGGACGUCGAUGGAGCUGGUGGUGGAGCUGUCGCUGGAACCAAAUCUCCUAGUUCGGAAACGAGAAGUCGUACCAAAUUUAUGGUUUCCGUCAUUUUCCGUGAUUUUUGUGGUUGCAUCAUUAGAUUCUGCGUGAUGACUGAAGAGGGUAGUUUAGAGUCUUCUAACAGAGUUCGAAUGCAGUACAAAGCAGAUGCUUUCCAGUGUCUGCUUUUGGCUCGUGGCAGCGCAAUUUGCGUUGUUACAAGGUGUAGGUAGCGGCUUUUACCUCGCCAACGCAGACACGCUAUACGCAGCUUAUUCGUGGUUAAGGGCAUAACACGUCAGGGAAAUCUUGGGCAAUCUGCCGUAAAGAUUCGCAUCGUCAAUGGUAUAACAUGGGAGCGCCUGUUAUCUCUCCGUCGAUGAUGAGCCGACUCCUACCCUAUCCUAUCCUAUUCUAGCAAGAAUGCAGUCAGUGAAGAAAUAUCGUAAAAGAAAGAUGACAAAGUAUUUUACUCAAAUCAGUGUAAGUAUGUUGUACUCAAAUCAGUAGGCUGUUUUUUACCAGUUCCUUCUAACGAAAGGUGGUAAAGGUGGUACGCUUGCCUCCCUGUUGCAGGUCCAAUCACUAGUGAAUGCUGGCGCGCGGAUUGGAUUCGGGUUUUUGAUGGACUCCUUGAGACGUGUGUCUUUCCUGCAAGUCGAAUUCGCGAGACAUCUUCUCUUCACGGCAUUGUGUACGCUUUUGUCGCUGAUCUUUGUUUAAGGGUCGUUACUAUAUUGCAUUCUUUGAGAUGAUUUACACUGAAUUAAGAGUAGCCAUUUCGUGCGUUAAGAGUAGGUCUGUCAUCAUCCCCAUAUUUUUCCAUCGGGCGUGAAACCUACGUUUUCUAGACCUCGUAGGAAAGGAGUCUUCUAACUUGUACCGCACACUCCGCUGGCUGCUUUCGUUUUUCUUGGUAUCGGUUUUGGCGGAGAUUGGGCAAUUAUGCCUGCGAUCCUCAGCAGCUGGUAUGGACGCGGUAACGUAGCGGUUGGCUUCAAUGUGGCCUGUUUUUAAGAGCUAGCUAACAAGGGAUCUGCAUCUCCUUAUAGCAAAUUGGCUGCAAGGAAGUACUUAGUUGAUGGUCCAAAUAUUUCAUCUAGUUCAUCAUCUGUCUCCUGCGUGAAGCAUACUGGAGUCAUGAUGAUUCAGAUUCUCUAUGGUCCAUGAUCUGAAAAAUAGAUUCUCGGCUGAUGAGGGAAGCCUCAACUUGUUUAUAGUGUUCAUGUGCAGUCUUUGUCAGAAUAAGAUUCUUCAUCUUUGAGAUUACGCUGAGUUUCUUGAUAUUCUAAGGUCUACGCAUAUGCUUAUUUAAAUAGUGUUCAUGUCUCAUCAAGAUGCCGUUCGGUCAUUUUUUGACACGUAGUGGUCUCCGUCAACAUUCUCGUUCUUCCAUUUCAAAACUUUGAUCUUCUAACAUCUAGUGUUCGUGGUGUUGGGCAACGGCUUGGCUUUCCUGUUCGUAGCAGUAGAGAAGCCAGCGGAGGAGUCUGAGGAUCCGAAUGCGCUUAGGUUUCGUCUAACCGCAGCAGCCGAAUGGAUGCGCAAGGGUUCCGUGUUACUAUGUGUGUUGAGCCUCUUCUUCGGAGCUUGGUUGACCUACCUACGGCCCUGUCGAACUGGUGCUGAUGGCCGACUCUCAGUCGUGGAUCGAUGACGAACUUCUCCUGCUUCUACCUUGAUCCACACGACCAGCUGCUACAACCGCUCGCUCGUCCCUAUUCGUAGCAGCCUCUACGGUUAGGGACUGUGGAUGUUGUUUCCAAGUAGAAGAUUGUCCUCUUCAUUUUGGAAAAAAAAAUUCUUUCAUCAGCGAAUCCCGUGUCUGCCGACUCUCAAUUCUCGCCGGUGCGAAUGAUCGAAGUCCAGUUGCUGGCGGCGCGAGAUCCUAGGUGGUCGUGGUGGAUAUGAGCUUCAACACCUAGAUGUGCAUCGGACUAGAAGAUAGAGAUGAUACAACUAGUAUCUACCACCUAUAAUUGUGAUCGAGGACUUCAUUCUCGUUCUUGUAGUUGUACCCAAUUAUAAAUAUUCUUUAUGUCUCCAACAUAACAGGUAGGUCUAACGGUAUUUUUCCCUCCAUAUCAUCUGAAUGAGCAGGACAAGUGUAUGAAGAGUUGGCUCAAAACUGUCACGUUUCAACUCUUUCAACGAAAGACCUUUUAUCACGAAAUGACUACAAUAGGAGCACACCCAUGACAGAAACUAACGUUCGUUUUCUUCAUCGUUUAUUUCACUUCUCCGUCUUUUCGCUUUCAGUAAAUUUUUUCGCUUUCUGCAACAGCUUUUUGCUUUCACCACGAAGCACUAAGUACUUCUUCGCUUUCGAGUACUUCGCUUUCAGGGAUUCCAGUUGAACAAUGAACCUUUGACAUUGCUUUCAGGCAAAGAAUUCUCGUUCACUCGUCUUCACACCGUAGGGACAAUCUUCAUCUGGACCACGUCAGGCACGAGUGCACCAUCUGGGACAACUAGGACGCCUCUCUAUACCCUACAAGUUCAACUGGUGAUCGCAGAUCUUCUUGUCAUCGCAGAAGAUGUCAUGUCAGAAGAUGUUGUGGGCAGAGGUUCUGGUCGCACACAUCAUAA